UAGACCUCGGGACUCAACCCGCUCCAGAGCACAGCUGAGCCGAGCCCACCUGGUGAGAAGCCCCUGGACUGGGGGGUGGGAGGGGAACUCGCCUUAACUCUUCUGAGUCGCCUCUCUGAUCCCAGUCCCUUCCCCACAGACCCUGGUGGCUGACACGCACCCACGCCCUUCUACUCCCCAGGGACCUAUCGGGUCCCCUUGCCCCUCUUGAUCAAGGCUGCUGCAUUCUAGGCCCGUUAGAGUAUUGAGUUCCGGCCCUUCACCCCCUUUCCCUCCCUCUCCUUUCACAGAUCCGGGGUCCCGGCCACCAGUGCCCUCCUUCUUAGGACCCAGGAGUCCCAGCUCUCUGGUCCUUCCUCCCCCAGGCUCCAGGCGUUGGGGCCCUCUCCACGUCCUCCCUUACAACUAGGAGUCUGGGCUCCCAGCCCCCUCCUCCCCCAGGAUCCAGAAGUCCAGGUCCCCAGCCCAGCCUUGGCAAUGACCCUGGCGGCUUCCUCCCAGCGCUCCCAAAUCAUUCGCUCCAAGUUCCGAUCUGUCCUCCAGCUUCGGAUCCACAGACGGUAUCAGGACCCAAGCCUCUCAGGGUCCUUCGCCACCUCUCCAGUCUCGGAUCCAGAUCCGUGGAUCUCGGCCACAGACUCGGCUCUGGCUCCAGCCCCAGCCUCACCCUCGGCCCGGGCCCCUUUCCUCUUCAGCCCUGGAGUCCUUCUCCCUGAGCCAAAACACUGCCCCUGGAGGUCCCUGAAGGAGUCUCCCAAGAUCUCCCAACACUGGAGGGAGCCCAAGCUCAAGGGGAAUUUGACAUACCACCAGUACAUGCCCCCAGAGCCGAGACAAAGGUCCAGGGCAGACCCUGGGGCUGAAGGGUCGGCCCUGGGUCGCCCUGGACCACCUCCGUGGGAAGGGACAAACUCACAGCAGCCACCUCCUAGGAUGAAGCCCACUCGCCUCACUCCCUCCCCAGUAGGAGUCCCCAGCCCCUCGUCCCCGCCACACAAGUUGGAACUUCAGACCCUCAAACUGGAGGAGCUGACGGUCUCAGAGCUCCGGCAGCAGCUGCGCCUGCGGGGCCUCCCGGUGUCGGGGACCAAGUCGAUGCUCCUGGAGCGCAUGCGCGGCGGCGCCCCGCCCCGCGAGCGGCAGAAGCCGCAGCGGGAGGACGGUGCCGUGGGUGCUCCCUGGCCUCGCUUCCGGCCCAAGGCUUUGGGAGCCGCCCGGAGGCCGGGCUCGUUCAAGCAGUGUCCAACAUCUCACUCACUGCCUGCUUCACGUGCCGCGGAAACCCUUGAGACGGCUUUGGCUCCUCCUCCGGCUCUGGCUCCUGCUCCGGCUCCGACUGCAACGACGGCUCAGACUCCAGCUUCAGUGCCGAUCCCUUCCUCAGCUCCAGCCUCGACAGCCCUGACACUGGAGGAGGAGCUGCAGGAAGCGAUCCGCAGAGCGCAGGUGAGAGAGAGCGGGCCAAGGGUCUCAGUCAGGAUCAGACUGGAGUCCCAGGUUCACGUCAGUUUUGCCCGUCCGCAGUUGCUUCCGAACCGGGGCAUCGAUGACAUCCUGGAGGAUCAGGUGGAGCCUGAGGACCCGCUGCCCCCCAUCCCCCUGGACUUCCCCGGCUCCUUUGAUGUGCUGUCCCCCUCCCCGGACUCUGAAGGCCUCUCAUCUGUCUUCUCUUCCUCGCUUCCAUCCCCCACGAACACCCUGUCCCCCUCCCCCAGGGACCCCACGGACUCCUUGGAUUGGCUGGAGGCUCUGAGUGGGGGUCCCCCGCUGGGCUGUGGCCCCCCAGCCCCCAGCAUUUUCUCUGCUGACUUAUCUGAUUCCAGUGGCACCAGGCUGUGGGACCUGCUGGAGGAUCCAUGGUGAUGGAUUUUGGGGUUUCCAGGGACUGUGAACUGGUAGGGAUGGAGAUGUCACAGGGAUAGACUGCCUGAGGGAGGGUUGGAACAACCAGCAGAGCCCCUCCCACCACAAACACAAAAUCAGAGACAACUCUCAUCCCCCCCCCGGCCCCUGCACUGCUGCUGACAUGCCAACCUCCUGACUUCUGCCUGACCUCCAUAUGAUCCCCUCCAUCAUUGUGUGGUUGGGGGCAAAGAGGUUUCAUUUGCUGCUGACCGCGGCAAACAAGCUGCUUGCUGCUUUCUUCAGAGACCUCAUGGAUUUUUUUGUUCCCACCUUCAUCGCCCUAUCCCACCUACUAGAUGACUGCCUGUUGCUGGGGUCUAGAAGGUGGUCUAUACUUUUUUGAUGCAGGAGAGGGGCAGGGAAGAGUGGAGCGAGAGAGAGUAGUUUGCUAGACCCUUGGCUUCUGGUUGGAGAUGAGAAAAAUCAGAUGUGUCAUAUAUGAGGUCAGAUUCUCUUGGAAGCAGUGUCUGAGACCAGAUUCGUGUAUCCAUGAUUUAGUAAAGAAAUGCUCCCAGGAGAAACCAAUGAAGGAAUAGAUGAAACAGGACAGUGAUGGGGAAGAAAACCAGCAAGAGUGUGACUUCACGUGAAGUCCCACCCUCAGCCUGAUCCUGUGGGGAGCUCUAGAGGAUAAAUUAAGUUGCAGAGUCUUUUCCACCUGGAGGCAAAGGGAACUGAGACUUUGCUGCAAAGGAAGAUCCCUGUUUGGGUUUAUUAUUGCUGAAUAACAAACCACCCCAAAAUUUAGAGUCUUAACAACUGUCUAUGAUUGUUCACAAUUCUGUGGGUUGACUGGGCUCAGUAAGGCAGUUCUUCGGCACCAUAUGAUGUCAACUAAAGCUGCAGUCAUCUUAGGGCCCAGCUGGGCUGGAACAUCCAAGAUGGCUCACUCAGUUGCAUCUGGCACCUUGGCAGGGAUGACUAGUAGGCUUGACCCUACUGGGCUGUGGGAUAUCUGGACUUCUCUCAUUCUCCGUGUGGUAUCAGUGCUCUCCCUCUCCCAUGUAGUUUCUUUCUCCAGCAGGUAGCUGGACCCCUUACAUGGUAGCUCAGGGCUCCCCAAAGUGAGCAUUCCUAGGGGAGGAAGCAGAAACUUCUAGUCUCUUAAAGAAUAAGCUUGGAACUGGCAUAACAUCACUUCCACCACAUUCUAUUAGUUAAUGCAAGUCAGGGUAGCCAGGGCUAAAUAUGGAAGAAGACUACACAAAUGUGUGAGUACUGGGGGCAUGGUCAUUGCGCACUGUCUUUGAAGACCUGCCACUACACCCCUCUAGGCAGUCAUGGGCCACAGAUCAUGAGAAGGGGGCAGAAUAUAAAUUUUCAGGCACCUCAAACCCAAGGGCAGUCCUGGGAGCAAGGUUGCAGGGUAAGCCCUUAGCAGCAAAGUGUUUUAAAAUAUAGGUUUAUUAUCAUUCAGGUAUGGUGAGGCCAAUAGAUCCAGAGACAAUUGCCAUUGAAAAGACAGUUUGCUACUUUCAUAGAUCCCAAAGGAAGGGGGCAUGCCAAGCCAUGCAGGGUUAUAUGGGGGAGCACCAGGGUCAGUCAGGAGUUAGAGGGGAAGAUGAGAAACUAGGAAAAGAGUCUUUAUUGUGGUUUCCUCUGGAAGGAACAGAUGAGGCAGGGUAAGCUUAGGAUUGUCAAGUUUACAUAAUUUCAGCAGGCUUUAGGGUGUAUGGGUUGUCCCCAGUUGCCUGGAACUUAGCCUGGGGGUGGGGGUGGGGAGGUGGGGUGUGGAUUAGGCAGAUGAAUAGUGGCCUGAAGUAUAGAACACCAUAAAGGAAGUGGUUGGGGGCAUGGGCUCUGAGUUGGCUGGUUUGCAUGCCAAAGGCAUGCUUACGUGUGAGUCCUUUAUUACCUCUAGGAAUUGGCUAGCCCUGGGAGGGACAGUCCCUUCAAUGUCAUCAAGGCCUCAGAUGUCAAAGCACCAGAAAUACAGAAAAUAAAAAGAUGUGAUUAAUGCAUAAAGCAUGCAGAAGCUGGGUAUUGGGUGCACAGAACUGGUAAGAGGAAUCUGAGGGGACCUGGGCAGGCCACCAACAGUGUCCACAACAGGUAGGAAUGUACAGUGGAUUAGCUAUGUGUUACAGGACCUAGAGCCAAGACUUCCCCUGGCUUGCUGUCAUGCCAGUUUCCUCAUCUGUACCUAAAGCCCAUGUGGCUGAGAGAGUUCACUGAGACUGUCCGUGAACCAGACCUGGACUGUGGCAUGUGGCAUGUGAUAAAUAUUAAUCACCAUUAUUAGCUGCUGAUCAACAAUUCUACUGCCGUGAAGUGUGUAAACUCUGGUGAACACUGAAGAUCCAAGAUGAAAAUGGAAGGGAGUGAAUGCUUGUUGCUAUGAGGCAAAGGGAAUCUUCAGUGUCUUCCAAACCAAUCAUGUAGAAUUUGUCAUCCUCCCUUUCUAGAGGAAAUGAAGAUCAGAGAAGGGGAAUGACCUGCCCAGUGUCACACAGUCAGGAGGUGUUGGAGUAGGGUUUUAAAUCAGAUUAAUAAAUCCACAGCCUGUGCCCUCAGGGCUGAAAAAUCGAAGAGCCUCAAUCUGUGCUCUGAUGAAGCUCAGGCAUUUGCAAAGAGAGAGUCCCAGUGCAGGGUAGUAAGUAUUUUCACGGCAAUGGUACAAGGGAUAGGAGGGGUAUGACUCCUAGAAAAUAACCAGAAGCUGCAGGGGAAUGGGACAGGGUGGUGGGACAAAGAAAACAUUUUUGCUAAGAGUCAAAGGAUGAGGAGGAGCUGGUCAGAGGAACCCCUUGGAAGACAGCAUCCUUACAGAGGGAGAAGAACAUGUGAAGACUUGAAGAUGUGAAGGACGCUGCCACCUGGAGAACCUUGUGAGAUCAGGGUUCCUGGGAUAAAAGAUACUCAAACCCCCACCACGUGGAAGAAGUUAAUUGUAUGCUGCCCACAAGCACAAAGACCCUAGGCUGGUUGGAACCAGAAGGUUGAUGAUGCUGACUCCCAGUCAUCACUACCAACCAAUCAGGAGAAUGUCCAAGAGCUGAUCACACACCCCACAACCCCUCUCCUUCACCCCAUCUUUAAAAAUCUUUCCAUGAAAGCCAUUGGGAAGUUUGGGUCUUUUAAGCACUAGCUACCUGGACUCCUUGCUUGGCAUCCUGCAAUAAACACUGCACUUUCCUUUACCAUGA